AUGUCGCUCGCUAAAGCUCCUGUCGUCUUCGUCUCGGGUGGUAGUCGAGGUAUUGGACUCGCUGUAGCGUUGGCUUUGGCUCGUGUUGGAGCUAAAGUGACGAUCGCUGCCAAGACGUGAGUCGCAUGCGGGGGAAGUGGAAUGCCUAGGAGUGAAGCAGGAACUGAUUUCGAGCUUCUUGGUAGAGCCACUCCUCAUCCCAAGUUACCGGGUACGAUCUACACCGCUGCUGAAGAGGUCGAGAAAGCCGGAGGGCAGGCGUUACCGCUCGUCGUGGACAUUCGGUCUAACGAGGCUGUUGAAGAGGUGAAUGUUCACGGCUCGCCAGGAAUUAGAAAGGAUGGACUCUUGACAGUUUUCUCAUUUUGCGGACAGGCUAUGGAACAGACUGCAUCCAAGUUCGGCGGGGUCGAUAUCGUCAUCAACAAUGUAAAUCGCUCUGGACGCUGGUUGAGACCGACUGGGAAGAAGCGAACUGAACCCUGGGAACUUCUUUACGGGGUAUACGAGAAGGCUUCGGCCAUCUCCUUGACGACGAGUGACAAGACUUCAAUGAAGACUUAUGAUUUGAUGAACUCGAUCAACUCGCGCGGAACUUAUCUCGUCACCAAGGUCGGUCUUACCGAACUCGCGACGCCGAGGAGAACCAAAACUCUGACCUCCCAUCUACCAACAAAACCCACAGACGGCCGUCCCUCACCUCCUAGAAUCCGCCAAAAAGGGUCGCAACCCACACAUCUUGACCUUCUCCCCACCUCUAGAAGGAAACCUUACUCCUGAAGCCCUAGGUCCGAUGGGUGCUUACGCCAUUGCCAAAGUCGGCAUGUCAUUGGCUACGUUGGGUUUUGCGGGAGAAUUGAAGGGGAAGGUCGCUUCGAACGGUACGCCACAUCGACGGGCGAUUCUCAGUCCUUCCUAGAUUAACAACUCACGCUGCCGGAUGUUUUCGGAACUCAGCGCUCUGGCCCCUCACGUACAUCUCGACGGAAGCGAUCCGCCUCAUCAUGAGUGAGGAGGGCCGGCAAUUGGCGAGGGAUCCGACCAUCAUGGCCGAUGCGGCGUUCGCGAUGCUCAACAAGCCCAGUGCUUCUUAUACGUCAGUACAAGUAAUCGAGAAAGAAAAUGGAUGAAAUUGGGGGCAGGAGGCUGAUGGUUUUGGUGUUUUGGCUUGCGCAGGGGUCAAUUCGAGAUUGAUGAGAUCUUUCUUAGGAAAGAUCAAGGGUACGUCUGUUCUACAUCUCCUUACAAACCCGAAACUCAAGCUCAUCCCCAAGCAUCCCUUUUUGUCUCAGGUACAACUCCAAAAAGCUCUCCGAAUACGGUCUCGUACCCUUCGUCGAAUUACAGGAAGAUUUGUUCAUCCCUCAAUGGGUGAGGGACAAAGUUCAACAACUUCGGGAGGACGAUCCGACGUCCAAGGGGUUAUAA